GCUGCUCCUCCCUCUGAGAGUCUCGGCCAACGACCUGGCCACCCUGUCCCUAACGUUCCCUCCACGCUGGACAAGCAGACUAACUGGUCCAGAGUUCUCCCACUGCCCACACCUCAGGAGAGGAUGAAGAGCGACUCACAAGUCAUCACAUCCUGCGUCAUCCCAAUUAACGUCACUGAUUCUGAUGAGUCUCCGGGCGCCAGAGAGCGGACAGUGGUUGUCCGAUGCAACACUGCUCUCUGUAGCGAGGACCUGUGCAGUCGUCUGAACACCAAGAAGGACUCUGGCUGCCAGACUGAAGACUUCCUGGUCUGCACGCCGUCCCACUGGAGGGUCCAGUACCAGCGUGGUCAGCAGGGGGUCAGCUCCGCCCCCGUCCCGCUGUCCCUCUCCACCGGAAACAUCUCCUCUCUACUGGACACUUCGGAACGCAACAACGCCAUGUUCUCCUCUUCGCUGGGGGUACGCCUGCGGUCACGCAGCCAGCCAAGGGAGGGGAGGAGACUGAUUGAGGUUCACCACCACAGUGAGGAGGAGGAAGAGGAGCUGUCUCCCUCCGAGACUGAUGACUUCCUGUCUGGGUUGGGGGAGCUGAAGGAGAAGGGGGAGGAAAGUGCAGAUGACCAGUCCCAGCCGGACCACCCUCUGGCCAGCCUGAAGUACCAGCAGCGCACUGGCAGCCCCUGGCUUGACAGGAGCCAAUCCCACCUCCCCAGGAAGGUUGAAAUGGGGAGCUGUGAGAUGUCCUCCAGCUCAGAUACCUUCUCCAGUCCGCUCCACUCUACAUCCACCAGGCAGGUUGUUGGGUGUCAGAUGGACCAUAAAGACGACCACCAAUCUUCUAGUGGGAACUGGAGCGGCAGCAGCUCAACAUGCCCUUCCCACACCUCUGAGACCCUCCCCACGGCGGCCUCCCCCCAGCUCACUGGYUCCUCCCACUGUGACUCRGAGCUGUCGCUGAACACCGGCCCCCACGCUACAGAUGACCCUGUCCCCAUCCUCAUCCUGGACCCAUACCAGACCGACCGGCAGCUGGACGAUGCAGGGGUCAGCACGGCUAGUGAUGGGGAGUGGAGUUACCCCCACCCUGACGCCAGGCUCCAUGACUUCAGCCCUGAGCGCUCCAGAGAGGGGGAGGGGAGUCUGGGGUACCCCAGCUUUACCAGCAUGGCUACCUGUGAGAGCUUCACUACAGACAAGCCUCCGUCUGAGAAGGCUGACACUGUGUCAUACUACUCCAUAGAUAAUGAAGGAUACUACACCUCCAUGCACUUUGACUGUGGUCUGAAAGGGAGCAAGAGCUUCAUGUAUAACUACUCUGACUGUGAACAGGAGCACAUGACUCUGGGGAGACGCUGUCUGACAUUGAGGAAACCUAAGGCCAAGCCCUCUGCCCCCAGACGCAGCUCCUCACUAAGGAAGAUCAGCGGGGGGGGGAAUUCUCCUGACGACACCRAACCAAAGAACCGCAGCGGGCAGCAAAGAAAGUCGUGUUCCAGAGAGAGGAGGUUACAGCUAGACCUAGAGGGCUCCCUGGGCCACCCUAACCUCCCUCACCCCGACCCUGCUCUGGGCCACCUGGAGGACCCUGUUCUGGGAGGGGAGGGGGGCCUGGGGGGGUUAGGGUUGGAGCAAGACCCUCUGGAGCCCCUAGCGGCCCUCGAGACCUGGCGGAUGGAGGACACCGAGGAGAUGCCGGGCUCCGGCCUGUUUGGUUCCUCUGACAGAGGCUCAUAUAAAGAUGAGGGAGCUGUCCAGUCAGACUAUGCAGAUCUCUGGCUUGUGAAUGACUUGAAGUCAAACACUGACCCCUAUCGCUCUCUGUCUAACUCGUCCACUGCUACCGGUACAACUGUUAUAGAAUGCAUAAAGUCUCAGGAGUGUUCAGAGUCCCAGACCUCCCAGUCAGGCUCCACCCCCUCACUGCCHUCAGUAGAAGGGGACUUCAAGAUGUCCUCCCUGCCCUCAGUAGAAGGGGACUUCAAGAUGUCCUCCCUGCCCUCAGUAGAAGGGGACUUCAAGAUGUCCUCCCUGCCCUCAGUAGAAGGGGACUUCAAGAUGUCCUCCCUGCCCUCAGUAGAAGGGGACUUCAAGAUGUCCUCCCUGCCCUCAGUAGAAGGGGACUUCAAGAUGUCCUCUCCAGAGAGGCUGGCCUGCUUAGUGUCACCAUCUAGUGGCUACUCCAGCCAAUCCGGCACACCCACCUCUUCCUUUCCCUGCGCCUUCUUCCCCAGUCCCCUGUCACCCACCAAUCAGAAGAAGAAGCCAAAGAUUCCAGAGAGGAAGUCAUCUCUGUCCGUCACCACCAGAGAUCUGGAGCUGCCAGUCAUCCCCCCCAGCCACCAGGACCUCCGUGCCCUUCACAGCGCUAACCCUACCAGCCCUCCUCCAGUCUCUACCAAGCCCCCAGGCCACAGGAACCAGCUCUACCUCCUGCAGCAAAGCAAGCAGACGGCAGCAGCAUCGGCCAAGGCUSAGGCCAGAGCGGUAACCGAGACCUCCAGCAGUCUUCCCAUGACCAUCACCCCCACCGUGCUGCAYUCAGUCCAGCUGAGGUCUGUGGGGAAGCAAGGAGAGGGGAGCCCUGACCGGCCCGGCCCAGAUGUUGCCACCAGACCCAAGAGUCCCACUGUGAACAUCAGCCCCCCUUCCAGCAGCAGGUCCCCUGAGUCUACAACCAAGAAGCAUCCAGCCUACAACUCCCAGGUUCCCCCCUCUCAACAGUACUGUGAGUCACUGUUGGCCCCCAGUGAAGGCCCUGUUGCUAGGGACCCAGCAGGUCACAGUAGCGUGAGGUACAGGCAGGACAGACACCCUGCUGAAGCCCAGUGGAGUACCACCACCUUCAGACAGCCUGUAGACCAAACACUGGCAGACCAGGAGAGACUACCAGACCAGGAGAGACUACCAGACCAGGAGAGACUACCAGACCAGGAGACACUGGCAGAAGAGGACCAUACCAUCAGAGACCAACACCAGCCUCUCCUAGACCAACACCAGCCGCUUACAGACCAGCAGUCCCUGCUAGACCAGGAGGUCUGCCAGAGGGGGGCUGAGACCACAAGAGCGACCCCAGGUCAGGAGGUAGAGGAACAGAAAGCUCUAUUCCCUGGGAGUAGCAGCAGUCUGGAGGAAGAACAGUACCGACCACUACCACCUGAGCCAUCUGAACUACAGAGACCUGAAGACCUUUCAAUGUUUCCUGGUCAGCACAGCUUAGCCACAACAUCAGAGAGUCUAGACAAAGUGCCUGUUAAAAGUGAUCAGUCUGAAACAUUGCAAGCUUAUCCAAUCAGCAAAGUGGCUGGCAGAGAAGAGGAGUGUAAGUCUUCAGGAGUUCCAACCAUUAGUGUCUCUCAGGAUAGCAGCAGGGAAUCCAGGAGGAAAGUUCUAGGUAGGAACGAUUCUGGAGAGUUAAGUGCCCGGAGCCGUCUGUGUGCUGCGUCUGGGAGCACCUCACCUUGUACCCCAGUCACCCCACCUGGCAACACUGUGACUUCUCUGGUGAACCCCAGCACCCCAACCACCCCCACGGGCCCCCAGAAGGCCCCGGGGCCCAUCUACCGCAGCCUGAAGAAGUCCAGCACCUCCCACGAGGAGUUUAAACUUUUACUCCUGAAGAAAGGCAGCCGGUCAGAUUCCAGCUAUCGCAUGUCAGCCACAGAGAUCUUGAAGAGCCCCAUCGGCACCAAUACCCCUGGAGACCCCCUUGCUGAGAAGCCCCUCUCCCCCCCGCCAGGCACGGAGAAGCUCCCCAGCCCCUUCACAGAGGGCCUCUCUCCUAAAGGCCUGUCCACUGCAGCCUGUCCCAGACAGAACCGAUCCCGCAUCCCUCCUCCACCCACCAGCAGCCGCUACAGCAUCCGCAGCAGGCAGUACCCAGCCCCCAUGCAGGCCAUCUCAGAGGGCGAGACGGAGAACUCAGACAGGAGCCACUCCUAACAUACAGCACCUUCCACCUUUCAGAAAUGUAAAACAGAGGAACAUCUUAAGGUUUUAGAAUAGAUAGUAGAGAACAACUGGACCAGACUGACUUAGAACAUUUUAACUGUGUCUAACUAUUUAUAAUACAGUAUGUAUUUCUGUUUUUAGCUUUUGGUAUUGAAGGAAAACCGAGAGACUUCAGAACAGAAAUGAGAGAGAAACCUCUGUAGCUAUGUUCUUUAGAAUAAUGUUUUUUAAACUGUUAGGAAAGUCAACUGGAAUAUGUACUGUGCUAUGUGAAGGCUGUUUUUAUAUCAAGGCAACUUUGUGUUGUAGCUCUACAGAAAACACAUGGCUAUCUUCCAUUGUAACCCUUAACCGUAAAACUCUUAACCCUUUUAUGAUAUUGCUGGAAAAUGCCACAUGUAUAGAAUAUAUCGAUAUGAGAUUUACAGUAUAAUAUAUUCACUUUUCACUAAUGGUGUAAAAGUUGUGAAAUACCUUAGAGUAACACAGUAUGAGUCAUAAUACCCAUAAAGCCUGGCAGUCAAACA